AUGUUACUCUUCGAGUCGGAAAAAAAACAGACAAAGCAAAAACAGCAAAGUCGGCAUUCAGAAUUUCAAGCCAUAGUGCUGGCGGGUUACGGUACUAGUCUUUACCCAUUGACCGAAGACAAUAAUGUCCCCAAGGCCCUACUCCCCGUCGCUAAUAAGCCGAUGCUAUAUUAUGUUCUCGAAUGGUUGGAAAGAGCCGGAAUUUUUGAUGUAAUCAUUGUGUCGGAAUCGGGUGGCGAGCAUAAAAUCGGGCACUACCUUAAAAACGUUUAUGAAGGAAAGUUGAGACCUCAUCUGGAAGUGAUCAAGGAAGACGUAGGGACUGCGGAUGCACUGCGAUUCAUCAAGGAAAAAAUAAAGUGCGAUUUUAUAGUUAUGAGUUGUGAUCUGAUUCUCGACCUCGCACUACAUCAAUUCUUGGAUUUUCAUCGAUUGCACGAUCCUACACUCACAGCAUUGUAUUUUGAACCUCACAAAUCUGAAGGUGGCGGCGCAAGUGGUGACAAGGAUGAAAGUCCAAAACAAAUUGUGGGUGUCGACGUCACUCAAUCACGACUCAUAUACGUCGCAUCUGGUGCCGACUUGGAUGAAGAGUUUUCUUUACGCAUGUCGUUGCUGUGGAAGUUGGUAUCUCUCUUUGAUGAGAUGCGACUUUUAAUCAGUGGUGCUAACACCGAAACGAGGUGGGUGAUUGAUCUGAUCGCACAAAGGAAGGCUAUUUCUAGCGUGCGUGAACAUCUUGUUCCAUUACUGGUAAAAUGUCAGUACCAAAGAUUGUUGAUGGAAAGAGAAGGCAUUGACAAACUGUCCGCAGCUCAUGAAAACUUUCAAAAGACGGCGAUUACAUUUUCUACCACCUGUGAUAGCGAUGUCGAGAGUUCACCCGUGAGAUGCCAAAUAUUCAUAUAUAAGACGGGAUUUUGUGGUCGUGGUAACACUGUUCCGAAGUAUUGUGACUUGAAUCGUCAUUUAACAAAGAUAAGUAAUGACGCACGCGUUUCUGCGUCUGCGGAAGUUGGUCCAAAAACUCAGGUGGGAUCCGACUCUUUAGUUGGCGACGAUACAAAAAUUGAAAACGCAUCCAUCAAGAGAUCUACCAUCGGUGCUCAUUGCGUUAUUGGGAAGAAUGUGAAGAUUUCAAAUUCAAUACUCAUGGACAAUGUCACCGUCGAAGACAAUGUCAAAAUAGAUGGAUGCGUUAUUUGUUGCGGAGCAAAAAUAAUGGAAAGAGCACAACUUAAAGAUUGUGAGGUUGGAGGCGGUUAUGUCGUAGCAUCAGAAAGCAUUGCGAAAAAUGAAAAACUCGUCGAAUUCCGUAAUCUAUCUCCCAUCGAGGAUUAA